AUGGUCGCUCCCGCCAAAACAGUGUCCAGUCUCGCUGCUGGUGCUCGACAUGUUUCCAAACGACUCGUUGCUUCUUAUGUCUUAGACUGGGUACUCAUUCUAGCAACCGCAGCUGUUGGCGGCGCACUCAGUUUGGUCGAUGGCGCUCGACAUAGCUUUUCGCUACAAGAUCUCAACAUCUCCUUCCCUUACCAUGAAGACACUGUAACUGUGGGGACUCUACUGCUUGUGGUCAUUGUCGCACCUGGCGUUAUUACUGCGGCCAUCUCACUAUUACUUGUUCCUGGCCCCACUGCACAUCGGUCAACACCAAAGGCACUUGUCUGGCGGAGGAAGGUAUGGGAAUGGAACACAGCGUGGAUGGGCUUAGGACUUUCCCUCGCAAGCGCCUUCAUGAUUACCGAAGGGCUGAAAGAUAUCUCGGGCAAACCGCGACCUUUCAUGCUGGCUGUUUGCGAUCCAGAUCUCAGCCCUGAAUCCCUCCGGAGAUGGCAGGUCGGCGGACUCGGGACGUCCAUUGACUCGGCAGUCCCUGUUAUCGUCGACUGGCAUAUUUGUCGCAGUACGGAUGCAGGCAAGAUGCGCAAUGCUUUCGCCAGUUGGCCUUCUGGACACGCAAGCUUCAGUUGGGCCGGGCUGCUGUAUCUGACCUUCUUCAUCUGCGCCAAAUUUGCGGUUCACAUACCUUUCCUUUCAUCAGCAUCCUCUAGUCAGCAGUUUAUCUCUACAUUUGAUGAGGAAGAGGAAGAACCAACCCGACCAAAGCAUUCGUCAAGAGCCUCUUCGCCAACAGCACGCUCCGCCAGCUUUAAGCUGCCUCCUCGAAACGAAGCGGCAGCCCCGCCGAUCUAUCUUCUGAUUCUCGCAUUCGUCCCGGUUGGUGCAGCUUUUUACAUUUCCGCAUCUCGGUGGUCGGACUACCGCCAUCAUGGAUUCGAUAUCAUUUCAGGCUCGCUUAUUGGAAUACUCACCGCUUGGUUUGGAUUCCGCUGGUAUCAUCUGCCAAUUCGCUCAGGAUCUGGCUGGGCUUGGGGCGCAAGAAGCAGGGAUCGCGCCUUCUGGCUGGGCGUUGGUCGCGCGAAUUAUGUUGGCCAGGAAGGAUGGGAGAGCGCUAAGUUUGCGCGUCGUAGAGACAUUGAGUCUGGUCCUAACAUCAGCGGUGCCGGUCUCCCUGAUGAACGCGAAGCAACUGAACAAACAGUGUUAGAUGAAGCACCCGGUGCAACCAAUGUACCCAGGUGA